CAAGAGUGCUGGGCCAGAAAUGAUUUAGGGAGAUCUAGGGAGAAGAUUUAAAGCAGAGCUUGUCACAUUUGUCACAUGGAAUGGGUAAGUGUCUAUGCACUAAGCUAUAGUCCUAACCCCACUUGCUUGGGAGUAAACACUAAUGAAUUCAAUGCACCUUACUUCUGAGCAGACAUGGUUAGAACUGCAAUAUGAAUCACCAGCUGUGAAAGUUGGGUAAGACUAAACAAUGUAAAAAUGGAGAAGUUUAGAUUACCCAAGCCCCGAAAAAGGUGUGUUUCAUGUUUAUGAAUAAGAAAACGACAAAAGAGAACAUUCUGCUGCAUUCACACAUAACGCUAAGCUACACUUAACACAAACCAGGGCUUACAAAUCAAGAACAAACUAUGGCUCGCAAGUGUGGUUAAGACGCUGGGCUGGGUUUCGGGGCUCACAUUAAACCACAGUCUAGAAACCAAGUGGUGGGGGAAAUCAAAUAUUUGCCAAGAAAGUGUUGUCCAGGUGACCAACAACACUAGCUUUGCAAAGUGGCAGGAACUCCCAUAACAAAGAAAGAAAGAAAAGGUUUUGCAUCUGAUGGAUAAUUCUUCUUUGCAUUGCUGCAAAGCUUCUAAGAGUAUAAAAAGGAGCUGCAUCCCAUCUUUUUGCGGCUCCAGGGCUGACCAGAGGUGUGAUAACUAUCAAUUCCCAAAGAGAACAAUCAACAGUGGAGGCACAAACCACAAUUCCCAGAAUUCUAAGCAUCUGGGGGUGGUACAUACUUGAGAAAUGUGCUGUCCUCAAAGGACUGUAACUGGGAAACGAGUACAUAAACACACUUGCUACGAAAUGCAGACAGGAUGGCUUUGCCAAGGUAAGAUUAUUUUUGGCAGAAAACCCUUCCUUUGUAAUUUACCCCUUUAGAGCGUGUAUUUGAAAAACAAACGGGAAAGGAGCUGAAGCACAUGGAAUAAUUUAGUCAGAUGAUUUAGGGAGUGGCCACCUCGUUGUGUUGCCACAAGCAGAACAGGCUAUGAUCAACUAGUUUUGAAAGAAUUAAGCUGCAUGGUACAAAUAACCCACCGGCUCCCUGGAGUAAUGUGUUUAGGUUGGCAUUUAGCUUAAGGUUGGCAUAUUUCAAACAGUGAAAAUCUGGACAGAAAAUUGUUGAGCUUAUAUUGGCAAAGUUUUUGAUAUUUUCCUUGUUUUUGCCCAAAGUUGUUUCACAAAAAAUGCAGUUUCUGAUAUAUUUUUAUGGGAAACUGGCACUGCCAACAUAGGUUGCCAUACAUCCAGAUUUUCCAGGACAUUUCCCCAAUUUACGCCCGGAUGCAGUAUUCCAGACGUAUGACACUCCUAAUUUAGCUAUUCUUAUAGUUGAGAUACUCUCCCAUACCCACCCCCCAGUGUGUGUGUGUGAAUAGUUAACUUUUUGUUUUGUCCUUUUAAAGGAUGUGGGGCCUAAGACCCAGAUCUUACAACUGUGAGAGAUGUGGGAAUGACUUUGUCAGCCGCACAGCUCUGAGAUACCAUUUUCAAGCUAAACAUCUUGGGAGAGUUCACUGUGAAACUUGUGGCAAGGAGGUUUUGCGAGAGUGUCUUCUGCAGCAUGCAAAGGUAAGGUGGAACGUGUCAUCUUCCUCCUCCUUUGUUCAAGCAAAUAAAUGUGUGUUUUUUUGGGGGGGUAUCUUGGUUUCAUGUGGGAAAAAAUAGCGGUAUAUAAAUAUGAGAAGAUAAAUUAUUAUCCAUUUAUUUGUAAAAACAUUUAGUCUAUCACAAGUUCAUGUAGCAUAACAAGGCAGUGUACAGCAGCAUAUACAAUAAAAUAGAAAAUAUCAUAAAAAUAGUACAAAAUGAUUAAAAUGUCUGGCUGAUAAAAAUGUAAACAGUUGUAUACACCUGCCUACAUUAAGAAAGGCAAACCUAAAACCAGAUAUCAAAUAAAAAAAGGCAUUUUACUUUCUGCUAUACCAUUUUAAAGACUAGAAUACUAUCCACAUAUACUUCCUUGCUCCCAUCUGUAAUCUCUUUCCAGGCCCUGCAUCUCAGCUCAAUAUAUAUACAGUUCAUCUCUUCUCUUUAUUAACAGACUGAUCAUGAAAUGAUACUGACCAGCAAUCACAGAAGCUACUGGGAUAUGACUCGUAAGAGGAGAACAAAAUUUGUGGCCACGGAAACACUGACAUCCUGUAGGAUGUGCCCCAGGCAGUUUGGAACAGCCCAUGCCAGGGAGUACCAUGAGAAACAAGAGCAUCACUUCACUGCCAGCAAAAGAGGUAGCACUGCUGUUUUGAAGUGCUCGCAUUAUCAAGGACCACCCGAUUUUAAACCUUACUUUUUAAGAGCUUCUCCUCAUCCCUUCCUUUUCAGGCAAAAACUCGUAAUUCACCUUGAUUUCUCUCUUGUAUAGCUCAAAUGUCCACUGCAUUUAAACCUGAAAACAUAUUAGAGUACAAAACACCUGCGGAAUUAACGAAAUUUGUGGAAGCAAAACUCCGACCAAUCUCAAAUGCUGUAAGCUGGGGCUGUGCAUCAGAAGUUGAAAAGAUCAUUGAGUUCAUUGAAGAAGUGUUUCCAUUACCAAUUACAUAUGUUACGAAGGUACUGAUGAUGCCACAUUCUACUUGAGAUUGAUCACAGUAGUGUUGCACUUCCUGUAUCUAGUAUUUCAUGUCUAAGGACCUUUGCAAGCAGUUUUGUGUGUGUGUGUGUUUAUGCAAUAAAUGUGCAUUAGUUCCCUCUUUGUUGCACACAUCCCAUUUCCCUCAAGGUUAUCCUGCUGCGAGGAUAUGCUAUUGUAUAAGAAUUGAAAAUGCAAUAGUUUCCUGCUUGGGGGGAGUAUGCAAAUCUUCCCUUCAAAUACAGCAAUGGGCAGAGAAAUUUGGGGGCAUGAGGCAAAACAUUUAAAUAAAAAAAGGUGGUAUUUGACUAAGUCAGAGUAGGCCCAUUGCAAUCAAUGGACUUUGGUAAGUCAGGAUCUUAAGCUGCUUGGGGCUGCUUCAUCACUGAUAAUCUCUAUGUAAGGGAAAAGACAUAAGAAGUUAGCCAAGACCUAGUGACUUGCCAUGAAUAUGUCAGCUGAGAAUCUGAUAUGUACAUGCAUAUGCUGUAUUCAGGGCAAAGUAAACACUCACAUUGACAUAACGCAGCACAGCAGACUGUGUUGGUGUGUGUUAUCUCUAUGGAGGAAAGAUGUCAUGAGUGAAGCAGCUACUUGGCUUGCAACCCAAUACAAUUUAUGUUGGGAGCAUGGAUGGUUCUAAAGGAGGAUUAGACAAAUUUAUGGAGAGCAAGGCUAUGUCCUACCUUCGCUGACAGAGACAGUUUGUCUCUGAAUACCAGUGGCUGGGAAUUGCUGAAAGAGUGCUGUGGCAUUUGUGUCCAGCUUGCAGGCUUCCCAUAGGCCUUGUGAGAACAGAAUGCUGGGUGAGAUAGACCAUUGGCCUGAUCCAACAGGGUUGUCUAAUGUUCUUAUGAUAGGCCAUGUCCCAGGUGAACACCACUUUCAAGAACUUGCAUGGCUUAAUUGUCUUGUCCAGAGGUGGCAGAGGCUACGCAUGGCCCAGGAGGCAGAGUGUCCAACCAGUGGUUGGAGAUGAUAGGAAGAACCAGAAUUAAGGGAGAUGACAGUCCAUGAUGAUGAUAGGGGUCUGGAUUUCAGGAAAAACAAGAGGGUCAGAUACAUGGCAUGCAGGACCAUGGACAGAUCAUUGGGAGCAAGCAACUUGUUCUGAUGGAGUCCUAGCUCCAAAGGAAGAUUUAUAUCCUUAUGGGCCCAGGUUCCAUGCUACCCUCAAUCCAUAAGAAGUGGAGUGGAUAACUUUAAAGGACAGCUCUUGGGUUUGGAUUCAAGCACUUGUGUGUCUUUCCCUUACUUUCAUCUGUUCCAUGUAUGGGAAAAUGGGAGGUGGCUAACAUAAUGAGACUUGGUUCAUUUCGGGGUACGACAUGCACAGGAAGUAUUAUCACCCCAUCUGCAUUAUACAUUUAAAGCAGUAUCAUAGAGCUACAAUUCCCAGAGUUCCAUCAGAAGAGGGAGGGAAUGCUGAACCAUGCUGGUAGUUGUAUCUUUGUAAGGGGAACCUCCUAACAAUUCUAAGCGCAUUUAACAAAUUCCAGGAUUCCCUGAGGGAAGCCACGGCUGUUCAAACUGCAUGAUACUCCUUCUAACUGUGUGCUGCAGAUGGGGCCUAUUUCUAGGCGCUAUGGCACCAGGGUCUCAAGGUCCAGUUCCAGCGUUGAGAUCAGGGACUGGGUCUCACUCUUCUGCCCAAGUUGCAGUGGGUAAGACAGACUUAACUGCUCCUCUUCUGUAUCAAAGUCCUGUCUGAUGCUUGGAACCAGAGUCAUCACAUUAAUGAAUAUGUGAUAUGGCCUACAUUAUGGGAGCCAUUCAGAGUCAUCUGCUCCAUAAGCAGUGAAGCAGUGUCCUCCAUUUGUGAUCCAAAGUGAUGCAGAUUGCCUGGGUUGAACAGCUGACACAUGGCUAGUCUUGCUCUUCCUUGGGAACAUUGGUACUAGGUGGGUUAAAGUCAAGGACUAACCAACUUUCUGUUAAUAUCUUACGUAACAGGGCGGUUCAUAUAUAAAAGGAACUGAUGUGCAAGAUUCAUCUGAUGUGGACAUAGUUCUUUUUAGCGGUGCCUUUCAAAGUUUAGAAGACUGCCAAAGAAAAAUUCCCGAAGUACUAGAAGAGUUAGGGAAAAGACUAACUAAACCUUCCUGGAUCAACAGGUUUGGACUGAGAUUCUCCCUUCAUUUCCCCCAAUUAUUGUAAAGUCAUUAGCAUGCCACUGAUUAACAGUUAAAUUCUAACUAUGUCUACUCAGAAGUAAGCCCUAUGAAAUUCAAUAGGGCUUACUCCUAGGUAAGUAGAGGUAGAAUUAAAGCCUUAUUCUCCCCUUUCUUUUCUACUUAGGGUAAUAUUGCAGGAAAGGACACCAUUUUCCUUAAGGUUCUACUUUAAGUGUUAUAAAGAUCACCACGGCCACUUGUUUGACAUAAUGCCUUGUUAUGACAUGUUUGGGCCUACAUUAUCAGCAGGUAAGAGCUGGCUGGGGGGUAGUGUCUCCCACCCCCUCACUGUCCAAUAAUACUUAUGGAGAUCUACCUUUAUUGUAAUUCAGACUGCAACAAUAUUUCCAUUAGCCCGAAAUCUGUCCGAUUUGAUUUAAGAAAUGGAGACCAAGGGAGUGUCAUUAGCCUUAUCUCUUGUUUGGUGUUAACAGGUUUAAAAGAGGGCUUUUACCGCAAGCUCUACCACUGCAGUGACAGUGAUAAAAUCCAGCUGUACACUAUGGCCCUGCUGAAGCACCAAGUUGAGUUUGUCAAGGCGUCAACAGAGAGGGUGAAAGAUCUCAUACGUUUAAUGAAGCACUGGUUCAAAACUUCAUUUGCAACACCAGGAGAAGAAAACAAGUAGGUUGCUCGUAUCCAAGCACAACUAAACUCAUUUAUCAUCUCCUCCUCCUCCUCCUGCUGUUGCCAUUAAGCCCAGCAGUUCCCAAACUUUGUUCCCCAUGAACCACUUGAAAAUUGAUGAGGUUCUUGGCAGAACACUUAAUGGUUUUUCUGCCUGCUGUAGCAAUUGUAACGUACUGUGCCAGAUGCCCUAUGGCCACCUGAAUGAAGUUCACGGACCACUGCUGGACCACUGACCAUGGUUUGGGAGCCCUUUGAUUUAAACAAUUUAUACACAAGAAAUGCAAUGAAAAUAAAAAAAUUGGUUAAGGCUAUAGUAUCACAAUUCAGUUUAGAAUGCCUGCUGGAACAAAAAAUGUAAGUGUCUUCAGUAAGUGCCAGAAGUUCAACAGAGAGGGAGCCUGUCUGACCUGGUUGGGCACAUAAUACAGAAUGAAUAAUAAUAAUAAUAAUAAUAAUAAUAAUAAUAAUAAUAAUAAAUUUUAUUUAUACCCUGCCCUCCCCAGGCAAGACCGGGCUCAGUGAGGCUAACACCAGGUAAAAACAAUUGAUUAAAACACAACUUAAAAACAAGAUUAAGUACAACAUUAAAAUGCAGCCUCAUUUCAGUAAUGACUCCUGAUGGAUAUGAAUUGCCAUGGGAGACCACUAUCAGUUACUUCUCUGUAAAUCUCAAUAAUCCUGAACCCAAGUUGUUAAGGGCCUUGCAAAAUAACCCAAUAAUUUGGAUCCUGGCCUAGUAGAGUAUGGACAGCCAAUGCAAGCUUUUGAGCACUGGACCAGAUUUUUGCAUUGUUUCAACCUCUAGUGAGCGAGUGACCCACACAUUUGCAAAAAGAGAGAGCAUACAUACCAGGGGGGAAACAAUAUUUAAUCUACCAGUAUAUUUUCUUAGCUACUCCUGGCUUAUCAUUCUUUGCAAGGCAUGGAUAUUAAAUCAAACGGGAGGCCCAAAUUGGAUUUUGCUACUGUCUCUCCAGCCUUUAUUUGAUCUACAGCUUUUGUUUUUGACCGUUUCCUGUGGCGGCUCCUUCUGUGCAGCUGCUAAAUGUGUGCUGUGUGUGUGUUUAGGUUUCGCAGGCUCCCUUCCUCCUACGCUGUGGAACUCAUCACCAUCUAUGUAUGGGAGUUGGCUGGGAAACCAAUGUUUUUCAGCUAUGUACAGGGAAUGAGAGCUGUCCUGAAGCUUUUGGUUCAGUAUCAAGAAAUCUGUGCUGUAUGGCACAAACAUUACAGACCCAAUUUUCCAAUUUUCCAAAAGGUGUUUCUAAAGCAAACCAGGUGAGUAAGCCCAUUAUAUACUUGUCUGCCUCUUUAGUACAUGCUCCCAGCAGCUGAAAUUUAAUCUAGAGCUUCCACUGCUAGGAAAAGCUGAUUCCACCAACCUCUCCUUCCCAGAGCGGCAGCAAGGUGAUAUUGUGCCCCUGGCAGAACCGUCCAAAUUGCGCCCCCUAUGGACGUAUUAGUUAUUCUUUCCGCCUCCCUUCCCCUCCCCUCCCCCCAUUCACCCUCUAUUUAAAAGCUUUUCUUAUGAGGCAAUAAUUAAUUUUUUUAUUUCUAGACAUAUUUAUGGACAUAUUUUUUGACAAACCCCCCUCUCACCUGCGCCCUUGGCAGGGGCCCACCUCACCACCCCUUAGCUAUGGCCUUGCUCCUUCCCCAUCGGCAGCUUACCUCAGUGCAUCUUAGUCCCAGUCUCCAGGACCCUCUUCCUCCCCCCUCCCAUUGUCCUGCCAGUUCAUGACAUUGAAUAUUGCUUGCUGGUGCUGUUGUGGGGGGGGGGGCGCUUUCUUGUGGCUUUUUGCUUUUUGCAGGGCCUUUGAUUCUGUGAAGGCCAUUGCUUAUAAAUCAACCAGACUGCCCUGCUGCUUCCUUUGUCUUUUGAUGUUUGUUCCCUUACCAGAACAAGAGCAAUGUUGUACUUUGUUCUGGAAAAUGUCUAGUUCAUACUGCUGGAUAAUUCUCUCUCUCCACCCACACCCACACAGCUCCAGUUUUGUGUGUGGCUCCUGCCUUCAUUCCUGGACUUGCAAUUUCCCAUGGUUUUGGAUCUGUGCUUUCUUCACCCAAGAAAUGACAUCACUUCCUUUCAGCUGAUGCGUUCAGCUGAUGAAUCAUAGAAUCGUAGGUCGAGUUGGAAGGGACCCUGAUUAUCGUCUAGUCCGACCCCUUGCAGGUGCAGGAAUAUGCAGCUGUCCCAUACAGGGAUUGAACCUGCAACCUUGGUGUUAUCAACACCGGGUGAGCUAUCCAGCUCAAGAGGACUUGAAACAAUAGGCUCUGUGUGUGAAAACAGCAUUGCAUUUGAAUGUACUGUAAAAGAGGCACCUGGCUCUCAGCACUUCCUGUCUUUGUUCAUAUGGACAAUGCCUCUCUUCCUCCCGUAGGCCAUUUGUUUUGGAUCCUGCGAACCCAGCCUUUAACGUGUGCGAGAACAGCAAUGCCUGGGACGAAGUAGCUCAUGUGGCAAGGCAGAGCCUCCUUAAACCGCUCUUUAAUGGCAUCCAAGCAAAGGAGCCCUGGCUUUUUGCAGAGAACUGGUGAAACCAAACCUGGCCUCGCUUCCGGAAGAAUGGGCACCCAGUUUUCAGGUACUGCCAUGGGAAAAUGUCGGUGUUGAAACUGAAUGAAAACUUGAGAGAGAAAACGGUGAGUCGUGCACCUGCUGUGUGCAAUGAAACUGCCUCCUCUGUGGGAGGAGCUGUGGGAGAAGGUAAUCUGAAGAGGAGAAGGUGAUGAGGUAAAAGGGGGUGCUUAACCCUUCCUACAGCCAUCCAUUUUCCUCUGCUUCCUCUUCUCCCAACUUGCGUUUGCUCCCGUGGGGUUCCAGUCCCAUGUUUGCAAGAUAACUAUAGGUCUCAAACAUUGGCAAGGUUGAAAGCAGUUGGUGUGGGAAGUUUCAGAGGGGAGAGCAGCAGGUGGAGGUAAGAGGAAAGGUGAGUUCCUCUCUGGCAAACAUUUUAUCAGCCCCACUCAGAGAGAGAGAAAGGGCCUUUCAGGCUUCACCAAAAGCAGUCUCUCUUUGGCUGUUGACUGAAAUAUUCAGCAAAUAAAACUACGGUAACUUUCCCUUUCAAAAACAAAAAUCAGUGUUGGCCAGGUGUUGUUGUUUUUUUAAAACUUGAAGAAAAAAAAUGGUUGCAAUUUUAUGGUUCAGGAGGUCAAGGUUUUAAGAACUGCUGCCAAGAUUGGAAAAAGUCAAGAAUAUUUAGGAUAGAAGUAAAUAAGAAAUGUGCAUGAGUAGGGUUUUUUUUUGGGGGGGGGUUACUUCUCCAUUGACAUUCCAUAGCAUGUUUAAGCUUAGUGAUUUAAGCAUUACUUUCUUUCACGUGGACCAUAGAGAGAAGCAGCCUACUGUAAUGUUCGCAUACAAUAUGUGGAAUGCUCUCAAUAAGCACAUUUUUCCUGAAAUGUUUUCACAACAGUUUAUUUUACAAAAUGAUUGCCCAAAUUCAACACUUGAGUGAGAUCAAAUAAGAUACAGAAGAUGUGAGGCAGUGAAAUACUUUUUUAAAAUUAAUGGUUGAUUCUAAUUCUCAGUAUUAUAUUUCUUUGCCAUUUGCUGCAGCAGACCCAUGACAGCUAUAGAUGAAUCUUGAAAGAACAGCCUGGUUUUCUUUUUGCAACACAGUGUUGAUAACUCAUUGUCAAGGGCUCUUCAUAAUACGCACAGAGCAUUUUUUUCUAGAAAAAGAAGUGCUGGAACUUGUGGUUUUUUUGGUGGGGGACACCCCAUUGCACCGAUCGCCAUGCUACCUGCAGCCACCUGUUCCAGCUGGAAAAAAGGCCUGAAUAUGUGUAUCUGAUCUGCUUGCAAUGGAAAUUUCUGUAAGAGUCACAAGUGCACAACUAGCGGAAAGGAUUGGCUGCAUUGUGCUUGAUAAGCAGAGCAGUGUUUAUCAUGACAGUGGAAGAGAUAGCUUAGGUAGGCAUUGACAACAUCCAAUAAUUUGGUUCAAAUUUAGUAAGAUCUUCACCAAAUGCUGAAAAUCAUGACCAAAAUUGUAAGUCAUUAUUAUUAUUUACUUCCAAAGUACAGUUGAACUUUCUGAAAUUGUUGUUGUUGUUGUAUCAGGGAUGGGAAACCUUCAUCUCACUGGCCUAAUAGGUUCACCAAGCCUCCCCAAUUGGCACUUGGGGCCAUUUUGACUAAGCCACACCUGCCCAUCUUCCAUACAAUGUCUUAUAUAAUGUCAGGUGUGGGGCAAGUGAGAUCUCGCUCAGCUGAAAGGAUUUGCAGGCACUGGCGAUUUCUCAAAAACCUGGAACCCAGAACUUAAGCAUACAAUUUUGUGACUAAGUUGGUUGGUCCUCAGCUGCAGCAGCAGCACAGUCGUACCUUGGUUGCCAAAUGCCUUGGAACUUGUACAUUUUGGCUCCUGAACGACUGAAAACUGGAAGUGAGUGUUCCGGUUUCCAAAUGAUUUUCGGAAGCUGAAUGUGGCUUCCGAUUGGCUGCAGGACGGUCCUGCAGCCAAUUGGAACUCGUGCCUUGGUUUUCGAACGGUUCCGGGAGUCGAACGGACCCCCAGAACGCAUUCUGUUUGAGAACCAAGGUACAACUCUACUUCAUUCAGUGCCAUUAAACCCUGAAUCAUUCCUAAGCUGUUUUUCUCAUUCGCUAAGGAAGCUAGUAUGUGUAGUGAGCAAAACAAAUUAAACAUGGUUGUCUGUUUCCCUGCCAAGAAAUAAAAGCAAUUCAUUACAUUUACCCUGCAAAAGGGUUGAUUUCAUCACACAUAAAUAUUAUCAUUGAUGUUGUCAGUUGUUCUUUGAUGACAUUCUGAUGUUCAGAAACGCAGUAGCCCCACAUGUCUUACUACUGGGGCAUUGAAAACUGAAUGUGGCCCUGGGUACAGCCAGCCACUGCUUCCAGGUGCUGAUCAAAUAUAUUGUCAUCUUUUUCUCAUUUGCUGUAUUGAUACAGUACAAUGAGCAAAAAUAAUGAAAAGUUGAGAUUUGUGUUCCUAUCAGAAGCAAUGGGCUUACCAAUUGCAAAUCCUGGCCUAUUAUUUUAUUAUUAUUUUACUUACUACUCAUGUAAACAAGAAAAAAAAACUACACAGGUUUUGCUGUAGGUAAUGUAUUUGAUUAUCAGGACUCAAGUUAUUUUUCUAGAAGAAUGUCCGUGUUGGUCAUUUUUCAAGUAUAACAACUGGCUUUCUGCUUUUGUGUCAUAGAUUUCCCUAAGUUUAGAAGCCUAUUGUUGUCCCUUCAACCACUACUUUAAAUAACAAUAUAUAUAUAUAUCUAUCAACCGGCAGUUUUUGCUUAUUGCAGGGACAUUUCACUCCUUAUUUCUGUACAUCUCUCAGAUGUAUUAAUUCAAUUCACACACUAAACAAUUCCGCCACACUUACUUUGAUUAUACAACGCUAUUAAAUGAUUGCUGCUGUUCUUUAAGAAGUUACAAACCUAAGCUAUAUUUUUUUAUAAAAAUAAUAAUUCUAAAAAUCUUUCUUCGUCACGCAGAAUUUCACACUGUAAUGCAGCUUUAGUUGUUUCACAUGCAGUGAAACUGGAAGCAUGUGUGAGUAAUGCUUCUUCACGCAUUCUGUGAACUUGCACAUGAGAUGUGUGGAUUCCACAUGCACCUGGAACUCAUGCUGCUCACCUUGUGGGGGGGGGACUUGAGAGUUUCUGCUUUGUACAUUAUACAAUCAGCUAAAGGCAAGCUGUUGUUUCACAUUGAUCUGAAUGAUCCAGGAUUAGCUCAUUACAGACCAGCCUUGCAAACCUGUUUCAUACAAACGGCACUCUAGGCUGCCCUAGCGAUAGCCACUUAGGGCUAGACUCAUACGAUCAUCAUUUGAAGAGGCAGCGGCUUGAUCACUGUACAGCUGGCUCAGUGCUAAGCCCAGUAUUUCCUUUUUCUCUUUGUAAAACCGCAGCUCUUGUCCAGCUUUCCGGGUUUCUUCCAGCUCUCUAAGGGCCACUUGCAGCUCUUGCGAAAUAAUGCCCGGAGUUUCUUGCUCCUUCAUAAGCCAGUCCAGAGCCAUGUGACUUCUCAUCCUUUCAUCCAAACUGUACUGGGAAUAGUAGGAGAUCACUUCCUGUUGCCCGGCCCAAAAAAAUAAAGAGUUAGUAACAAAUACACCAUUGCUUUGAAGGAGAGCUGCAGGGACAGGGGAAUCACAUGUGACAACCAAUGUGUUCCUUUGGUUUCAGAUAGUACAUGGGUAGAUGAGUCUAAAAAGCCUGGGACACACAUUUUCAUGACCCUGUAGCAUAAGGGUACCAGAUUUUUUUCCAAUGAAUCCGGGGACUUCCUACAAAAUAGAUGGAUUUUGUCAGGGGACUGAUCUGUAAAUCCGGGGACUGUCUCCGGGAAACAGGGACGCCUGGUAACCUUACUGUAGAAGCUAUGGUGGUUUAUUUACCAGCCAUAAUGUAUUUAGUGCUAACUCUGAAUAUGUAUACUUGAUUCUGACCAAACUAAGCCUCUUGGAGCACAAUAUAUAUCAGGAGGCUCAGUUUGGUCAGAAUAGAGUAUACAUUUCCAGAGUUAACACUAAAUAUAUUACCUCUGAUACUUCUAGCCACCAUAGCUGCUAAAGGGCAGUGAAGAUUUGUGUCCUGGGCUUUUUAGACUUGUCUGCCCAUGUACUAUCUGAAACCAAAGGGGCACAUUGGUUGCCAGAUGUGAAAUAUGUCGGCCUUAUUUCCAGCUCUCCUUCCCUACUAUUGUAAAAUGCAACGGAUUCUAAAAUAAUGGGUUAGGUUGUGCUCUGGGAUCUUUCGCAAUUGACAUGGACAUUUCAGAACAGAUAUUGGAAACAUGUUUGACUGUGGAAGUCAAACAAAUAAAUUGUAGUUAAGGUAGCUUGAAGAAAUUCUAGUUGUGCAGGAGCCUGGAUGUCCAAAAGCAAGGGCUUGCCCUGCGCGAGCUGAACUGCUCUCUUGCCCCAUUACUAUUUGAAAUAAUAGAACCUGAAACCCAUAGCAAAUUUGGUUUUGUUAACCUGCUGCUCCAUCAUUCAUUCAUGCUUCUCUAUGUAACUAUCAGCUCAUCACUUGGGUUUAAGGACAUUUGAAGAGUCCUGCUGGGUCAGACCAAAGGCCCAUCUCAUCCAGCACUCUGUUCACACAGUGACCAAGCGAUGCUCAUGUGAAACCCACAAGCAGAACUCUCCCCACCUGCAAUUCCUGGCAAUUGGCAUUCAAAGGCAUCCUGCCUUUGUCUGUUUGUUAGAAGUGAGCAUAGUCCUUAAUCACUGGGUUAUUUAAAAGAGAUUAAUUUUGCAUGUAACUGAAUAUGCAGGUCUUAACAUUUAAAACAGACAACUCAUUACAUAAUUAUUUAAACGUUAAUUAUGCAAUUAUGAAAGUAUAUAAUUUUUUUAAUGCAGUGGUGUUCUUUUUAUUAAAAAAACCAUUAAUAUAUUUAUAAUACAAAUUACAUAAUUCUUUUUUAAAAAGAAUUAUGGGUUGCAUCCAGGGAAUUCAUCCUGUUAUCUCAAGCACUUCCACCUGUGCAACAGGACUUUCUCUUCCUCUCUUCUCCCCAUGUCUCUCUUCCUCCUCAACUGCUCUGGAAGGUUGGGAAAACCAUAGAACAGAUUUGGGGAGAAGGGACUCAGGAUGGGAAGUCCACUGUGUAGAUAGAAGUCCUUGUGCUAAUGGGACUUUUGGGAUACAACCCUAGGUUUGCACUUGUCCACUAAUGGAUCCCUUUAAACCUAGAACAUCCAUAAUGACAUUACAGUCUUUAAAGAGGAAUCUUAAUUUGUGGACACACUUAACUUUGGAGAUGUCUCAGACUCAAUGGGACUCACUGAGUGCCUAAAUUUAAAAAUCUCACCGAUUUCAAUUCCCAUCAAUGGCACCUAAGAAUGGACCAUGUCUAUAGAACAUAAGGAACAUACUGGGUAGAGGUGAUGUGAGUAUAGCUUUGCUGUUGGGGAUACGGGUGCACUAUUAGUGCUGUGUUACUCACUUGUCGAGAGCACUUUGUUUCACGCAAAGCUUUGAGGCUUCCAUUCCAGUGCAGCAGCUGAAAGACUAUCAUCAGUUCCUAUGGAAGAAAAACCAAUGGCUUCUGAUUGAACUGCUUCAAAACAGAAUCUCUCUUUCAGUAUGCGAAACAAUAAUGGGGAUUUGCUGUGGGAGAACUGGGUUAGAUUCAAAUGUGUUUUUCCAUCUUGAAAAGCAUCAUGGAAGGGCUGUUUUGGAACCUCGUGUUCCAGCCAUGGAACUAAUUCCUCCACCUGCACAGGAACUUUGUGUGAGUUCACAAGAAAGAGCCAUUAUCUAGUCUUUCUGUAUUGCCUUCAAGGUCAUUGCUCUAAUAUGUCUGAACUCUUUUGACUUUCUGAAACAUUAUUGAAUGCUUGUACGUGGAUUAGAGUGGAACCAAGUCUGAGUCACAGUAGAUCACUUGCCCUUCAAACAAAAAGCAAAACAAAACAAAAACCCGAUAUAUGCUGCUCCUUAAAUUAGUUGGAAUACUGACAUUUAUCAAGAGAGUAGCAUUAAUAACUAGAGAGAGAUUCUAAAGUAUGUAUUGAGACAAUUAUUUUGUCUAUUACUGGCAAUUAUUAGUUUACCAUUGCCUAUCUCUUUGUUAUUUUUUAAAUUAUAGAACAACUUUUGUAAUUGCAGUAUUAUAAAAGUAAAGUUAUUCAGUGCACCAUGGAAGUACCUGGAACAAUGAUUAUGCCCCUCUUUCUCUAUUAUCUUUUAUGGUUUUCUCGGUCAUUGUCCUAGGCAAAAGGAUGUAGAAAACAAUUUGGAAGAGUGGACCCAGAUAAGAAUUUAGACACUGCCUUCAUAGCAAUGGGGUUACAAUGGGGCAUGUGUAAGCAUCACCAUUUGUCUGAAAUGAGACUUAAAUUGGAAGGGGUCCAGUGUUUCACUUUAUGAGCAUUCUGUGUUGCAAACAUGCUGUCAUCUGUUCCAGAAAGGCACAAUCUUGCCUCCACUUGGAUAUUCUAUUGCUAUGUCAAACUUCCAUGGUCUGCCUUUCAUCAGACACAAGAAAAACAACCAUCAAAAGCAAAGCUGGUAUAGCUAUACUUGUAAAGGAAAUUUGUUCAUGGGGCAGAUUUUGAAAUAUGACUUGAAUAAUUUUUUUGGAACAUCAAGUAGUAUCAGCUCAGACUGCUUAGUUAGUUUUCCAGUACACAUUUAAAUCACUGUAAAGAUGAAUAAAGGGUAACUUCUCUCCAACUGGAAUCUAAUCUGGAAAACAGUGUACAAAGGGAAAAAGCCAAAUCAGAAUAUAUGGAAAAAGCAUGUGCACAUACACAGCCGCAAGCCUUAUUUAGUUACUUUUGCAAGUUCAUUUUUCAAUAUUCAGCUGAACAUUUUCAGAUGCUGCUUUCUGCCCUACUCUGUAUGAAUAGCAUAAAUGUUCAUGUUGGAAGAAAUGGAGGGAGGUACAAAACAUAAAUGAAGCCAUACGUUUUAUUGAGGCUGAGAUCCUUUUUUCAGUAAGUCAUAUACCCACUGAACACAGCAUACAGAUUGCGCUGCAAACCUUUAAAAAACUGGCUCGUCUGAAAGAAUUAAAUUGUACCUGAAAUUCCAGCAUUGUCUUCCCCAUAUUUGAUUCCAGCAUAUAAUGAUAGGCUCCAAUACUUGUGCUUGGGUCAUCAGCAUCAUUUAAAGUACCCUUUAACAAGAAGAAAGGAACUUUCUGAAUUACGUAAACACAUUCUUAGGUGGGGAAAAAUUUCCACAUCCUCAGAUUACAAAUUGGAUAUGUUCAGACAUCAGGCUAAACCAUAGUUUAGAAUUACAGAACAAGUUACAGUGAAUCUUGUGCAUUCUUCCUUCUCUCUCUUCUGGCACGGUCACAAGGAGGAAUUUGGAAAAUUUCUCUUCCAGUUUCAAUUAACCAUAGUUUAGCAAGUUUCUGAAGAAUCCUAAAUUAUGGAACUAAAUUAUGUUUUAACCAAAGCACAGUUUGCAUUAAGCACAGUUUGACAGGUUCAACUGACUGGACAGGUUGCAAUUAAUCUAAACCAGAAGCUCAUGUUUCCAGAUUCCUCCUUGUAGUUAUGCCAGAGUUGGGAGAAAGUUGGGAGCCUGAGUUUCACUCUAGCUCAUUCUCAUAAUGCUCAACUAUGAUUUAGCAUGUUGCCUGAACUAGGCCAUUUUCUACUACAAAAGCCAUAAUAAAAUCACAGUAUUUGAUGCUUCCCAUUACCACCAUCAUCUGGGAAGUGGAACACAACCAUUCACAAUAGCCUCUUUUCCUCCCUUCCUUUCGGCUACAGACCGGGGUAUAACAUUGAGACAUAAACAUCAUCACGGCUAGUUUUAAACCACAUAUAUUUCUAUGUGCAUUUUCCUAACAUAAAACAUGGUUUUCUCAAAUGUUCACAUCUUCCUUCAGUGAUGCUGAAAGAGGAUUUUCAACAACUGGAAUAUAAGGCGGUAACUUAUAACCACAACUGGGUGGUGUGAGCUAGUUGUGGUAGGUCUGGUUUGAGUUUGCCUCGGAGCAGCAGCAGAUCUUAACAACAACAAGAAUAUCCAUCCAACAAGAGAUUCUGUUUGGUGUCUUCACAGUCUUAGACCAGUUUACAAAACUAUAUAUUUAUUUAUUUACUUACUUGCUUAGUAAAUCUGUACCUAACAUUUUUGCAUGUAGUCCUCAAAGCAGUUCACAAAAUGAAUAAGAUACAAUGGAAGUGUUAAAAGCCCUACACUUAAAGCAAAACAAAACCAGCCAAGCAGAAACAGGCAUAUUGUGUAGUUGGCUUUUUUCACCUGCCCUUCUGUCUCUUGGAUUCUUUUCCACAGAGCAGCUGGUUUGAGAUGGAGAUGUUUAUGUGGUGAUGAAGGGGGCAGUCCAGCUGGGACAGUUUAGUUUAGUUUAUUAAAAUUUCUCAGACAACAUUUUCUAGAAGAGCACUCAAGGCAUCUCACAAUUAAAAUUUCCCUGGUUAAAAACAAAAGCGAGCAAACAACAAAUCCAUAAAAUAUUAAAUUCGCAUGAAGUCAUUAAACAAAAAACAAACAGUGCAUUCCAUUCCAUCAAUGGUCUGGAAGUAAAGGAACAUCUUAACCUGGCACCGAAAAUAUGAUAACAUGGGCAUCCAGGCAGCACGUCAUAGACAUAAGGGCCACUACAGUUGUCUCCACACUUACGUGGGGGUUAUAUUCUCAGCCCCCACGUGCAUAACUGAAAUUGCAUAAAAUGGGAGGCACCCAUUUUAAUAGGGAGGGCGAGCAGGGAGGAGAGAGAGAGAAUCUGAGACAUAGGAACUGCUGGAGCUGCUGAUGGAAGUCAUUCUGGGCCACUGCGAUGUGCACCUUCCCUCGCUUGGGGCUGCUGCCCCCAGCCUUCCCUCCAAUCCCUCCCAUCACAGCACGUGAGCAGCCAUACUGAAAAGGCCUUCUCCCUUGAAACCUCCAUCCCACCUUUUCACAGAGAGGUUCAUCAGGGGGUGCCUGAGAUGUUGACUCUCAGGGUACAGGCAUUCCAUCAAGUGUUACAAACAGGUGCUUGGUCGUCUUUGAAGGCUGUCAUUGUUGUUGAGGUUGCAGUUCAAUGCAGAAUAACUCUACACUUGGACUAGGUGUGGAGAUGAGCAGCUGUCCAGUUUUACAGCCAGCCUGGGGUGCAGUCAAGGGUCAAAGUGGAACUCAGACCCACCAAGAACCUGCUCAUCCUUCAAAAAGUUUGGAUCAUACUUGCAGAGCAGAUACUCGUGAUCCUCCAGAUAUCAUUGGACUCUUAACUCCCACCAGCUGCACUCAGGAUGGUUCGGGAUGAUGUAGCCCAGGCACACCUGUUGGGCCACAGGUUCCCCAUACCUGUUGUAGAUUCAAGUUACUGGAAUAUAUAAUAUUGCAUAUUCUCAUUUGGUAGGGCAACCCAUUAGCAUAGCACAGCCCUGUAGACGUGGAGGACUGAAGCUUUAGACACAGUGGUUUGUUGUUUUCCAUUCGGAGGGACAAUUUGUGAGUCAAAUGCUUAUAAUUCUUCUCAUAAUCCUUAACGUUCUAGAGAAGCUAUGCAGAGCUGAACACAACUCUGUACACAAGACAGUUUCUUUAGCAGAACUGUCAGCAAAUUUAUAGCUUUUGAAAUGCAGUAACAUUAACACACUGCUGCUGAAAUAUUUAUGCUGGCUUUUAAAUAUCCCAAGGGACAUCUGUCUAAAACUCUGCAAUUUUAAGCUUUUCGCCUUAGAAAAUUUCCAUUAAAAAUGAUGAAUUGCAUUAAAUGAACCUUCUUUUUGAAAUCAUUUCUAAAUAAAUCAUAGUCCAUUUUCCAAAAUGUAUGUAUGGGAUUGUCCCUCAAAAGGGCAUGAGACUCGUAAAGCUUGAAAAGAAAGGCAUCCUUUCAUCCACAAACCAGAUAUACCCCAGGCCUUCCCCACUGCUCUGCAAAUACACCAACAUUAUAAGCUCUCCUCCUCCCACCUCCCCAGAAUCUUAUAACUUUCAAUCAAAGAGGAACAGUUUCAAAUUGUGUGUCUCACACUGCUCUUAACCCUCUUCCCAAGUCGUUUCAAAUCUCCCGUUUGCUUAUCAGCAGUUCCUUCUGCACAGAUGGGAGGAUUUUGUUAAAUCUUCUGGAGUCUCAAGCCGCAAACGUCUUUCACUGAGCCAGCAUUUAAAAAAAGGAAAAAAAACUUUCAUGAAUUUUGCUCUACUUUUCAGUGGAUUAGCAACAUGCUUCUCCUGAUCUGUAUUUUCCCCCCUGCUGCCAAUGACUAAAAAUAUUGAAUCUGAGCAACUUGUAAGAAGCUGUAACACGCCUGCAAUAAGAUUACUGAUUUUUAACCAUUGCAAACGCCUAAUCCACAUGGACACGUUUUCAGCAUGAUAAUGGGGGAUAAAGGAGAAAUGACUUCCAUCCUCUCCCUCUAAGUGAUAUUUCAUUUGAAAUUCAGUGGGAAAUGGGGGAAACUUGGUUUGAAUCUAGGUUAUUAUAUCAUCCAGACUUCUCCAAACUGGUGCCCACCAAUGGCCUUCAGUUGUCUUUUAAAAGUAAAAUAGUUGUUUAUUGCCUUGGCAUCUGGUGGGAGGGCGUUCCACAGGGCAGGCGCCACUACCGAGAAGGCUCUCUGCCUGGUUCCCCGUAACCUCACUUCUCACAGUGAGGGAACCGCCAGAAGGCCCUCGGUGCUGGACCUCAGUGUCCGGGCUGGAUGAUGAGGUGGAGAUGCUCCUUCAGUGUAAUGGGUUUAGGGGUUGCUCGUGCGUAAGUUGCCGCCACUCCUGGCUAGGUUACCUGGUUAACCCUUUCUGACUGAACAGCCUCCAGCAUCGUGACUGUCUCAGUCGCUGGCAGAAUCCGUCAGUGGGCGUUUCUUAAACUUCUUCCAGCACAAAAGUUCCUUGACGCCAAGUCUCCUCCUACUCUCCCUGCGCAGAAGACUUCCGCGCAGGGAGGGUGUGGGCAGUGGAGUACCCGUACUCUCUCCGCUGGUCUCCGGCGAGGAGUCUUGGAGCCUCCUCCCCGAUUCCCCCAUCUGCCCCCCUUCUCUACUGGUGUUACGCUGAUUUCCUUUCCCAGCAGACGGGCUCCCUCUCUCCCUACUGGGACCCUCUCCGCCAUCCCUUUGGAGCCUUCCCUCCACUUCCAGCUCCGAUGGCAGUUCCCUGACAUUCAGGUAUACAGGACCGAGGCCGUUUAGGGCUUUAAAGGUCAGCACCACCACUUUGAAUUGUGCUCGGAAACGUACUGGGAGCCAAUGAAGAUCUUUCAGGACCGGUGUGAUAUGGUCUCAGCAGCCACUCCCAGUCACCAGUCUACCUGGCACAUUCUGGAUUAAUUGCAGUUUCCAAGUCACCUUCAAAGGUAGCCCCACAUAGAGCGCAUUGCAGUAGUCCAAGCGGGAGAUAACUAGAGCAUGCACCACUCUGGCGAGACAGUCUGCGGGCAGGUAGGGGCUCAGCCUGCGUACCAGAUGGAGCUGGUAAACAGCUGCCCUGGACACAGAAUUAACCCCUACAUCUGGUGAACUACAACCCCAACCUUCCAUUACUAUUGGCCAUGUUACAAGGGGCUGAUGGGAAAUGGCGUCAUUCAGCACCAGAAGGGCCACAGGUUCCCCACUUGCGCUUUAAAGUGCAGAGAGUGAUUAUAUACAGGGAUUAAUUGCACCUUAGACAGAUUUGGGGGAAGUUAAAAUAGAUGGCAUCUCUAGUUUCAAGAUGUUCAUACGUGCAGAUUUAAGAAACUUGAAACCUGGGCUGACAUUUACAGAGCAUCACGGGACUUUCUGAUAGGCUUUUAACUCGGUACAUUAAUUUCUGAUUAUUUGCAGAGCAAUCCCAAGGCUGUGAAUGCACUUAGCUUUUAAUAAAUCAAUAAUGUGGGUGAGGUACUGAAAAUAAGUUCCUCUCCAAUAGAAUUAGCUUGCAUUUACCUAGUGCUUCUGUGUCUAUAUAAAUACAUACAGCAAAUACUAUGCUACGCGUAGCGCAUACAAGGAAUCUGUAUCCAUUAGUAAAUGCAGAUGUUUCCCUGAAAGAACCCAGUAGCUGAGGACAAUCCACAGCAUCACCAAGCCAACCCACACAAACUGAAGCUAACCUCAAAUGCAGAUGUUAGCAGUCUGAUUCGGUUUCGGCAUGUUUAGCGACAAAAGUUCCUGCCAACUCAUUUCCUUGCCAGAGGCAGCAACAUAGUAGAGAAUAAAGGAUUGAAACAGAGAUGUGGGAAAGUGAAUGGAAAGACUAGGAUACUUUACAGCACUGGUUUAGUCUUGAAUACGGUUGCCAUAUUUCAAAAACCAGGACACCCCGAAAGUUGUUGAGUUUUGUUUUUUGUUUUACAAUCCCCCCCCCAAAAAAAACACAUGAUUUUUUGAUUGACUUGCCUAAGAUCCAGAUCACAUUUUGGAAAUUCCUCCCGGACGUCAAUUCCGCCUUUGAAAUCCCAGUAAUGGCAGCCCUAGUCUUGAAACCAUUGCUGGCUUCCCUUAUUAUUCAAUCCAAAAGUGAAUGUGGCCCUCAGGGAAAGUAGCAGGUUGCAAGUAGACUUUUCUGAUCUUUUAUCCGUAAUGACAUUGCUCUUAACUGAUACUCUGAAGAAUGUAUGAGUGAGGGUGAAGCGUGCAUAACUUUUCCUUUUAUUGAAUCAAUGUACUAUUGACUAGGGACGCGGGUGGCGCUGUGGGUUAAACCACAGAGCCUAGGACUUGCCGAUCAGAAGGUCGGCGGUUCGAAUCCCCGUGACGGGGUGAGCUCCUGUUGCUCGGUCCCUGCCCCUGCCAACCUAGCAGUCCGAAAGCACAUCAAAGUGCAAGUAGAAAAUUAGGUACUGUACCAGCGGGAAGGUAAACGGCGUUUCCGUGCGCUGCUCUGGUUCGCCACAAGCGGCUUAGUCAUGCUGGCCACAUGACCCAGAAGCUGUACGCUGGCUCCCUCGGCCAAUAAAGCGAGAUGAGCGCCGCAACCCCAGAGUCGGUCACGACUGGACCUAAUGGUCAGGGAUCCCUUUACCUUUACUAUUGAUUGGUGAGUCAACUUUUCCAGUUUCAUCUUGGAAAGGGGAACUAUGUCCAAGCUAUAUGCAAUGAGAUGCAUUUUCCUUUGAUACAGGCGCACUACCUCUAGGGGGCCGAGGUGUCUUCAUCCCCCUCAAUAUUUUGUUUGAAGUGAGGAGUCCAGUGUGCGUAGCACGCACGCGACAUCUCGCAUCACAGCUCCAGCACCCGGCUCCACUAGAGCGCUCAGGGUAGGAGAAGGACCACUGCUCAGUGGCAGAUCAUCUGCUUUGCAUGCAGAGGGUCCCAAUUUCGAUCCCAGGCAUCUUUAGGUUGGCUGGAGGAGAUCCCUGUCUGAAUUUCUGGAGAGCUGUUGCCAGCCAGUGUAAACAGUAUUGAGCUAGAUGGACCAGUAGUCUGAUUCUGUUUAAGGCAGCUUCCUAGGCUCCACUUUUGCUGAGCCCACUGCCGAGCAUGACUGUAUUCUUAGAAUCUGAAAAAACUAUCCUUACCCUGGACCUGCUACCCAGUUCAUCUCUUAUCUCCAGUCUUUCUGGAGAGAAGUUGAUAAUUGUUGGGAAAUGUAAGCGUAUGUCUUGUUAACUUCUCCUCCAAGCAUUAUGUGGUUACUAAAAACAUGGCCUAAUGGAUGGGGCCACCAUGACCUGCCGUCUAUUUGCAACAGGGUCUAAAAUAUUUUCCAUGUUGACUGAAGGUACUCAUGGUAUGUGCAGCCACGUAGACUAAUAGAACUUUAGGGAAAGGACGGACUCCCUGGUUGCAGGAAAUAUAAAGUUUAUCCACAUUUCUUGGGAGGGAGAUCAGCCCAGAUUAACCACUUCCCAGGAUCCUUGACCUCACCAUCAGCCAAGUGGACUCCACAUGUGAAGGAAAUGAAGGUCAAGAAAAGGCACAUGAUUCAUAGCAGCACUAGCCCAUCAAUGGAGAUACUCUUAUCUGGAAUCUUACAUUAAUUAUUGUCUUCCUGUUCUGCAGUUUACCAUAAAUGCAGCCAAUGACAGCAUACAAAGCCAUGGAAUUGAACUUACACUGGUGGAUGAAACAGCUUCCUGAACGCUCUCCAUAAUAAAUUCCUUUGUGAUCCUGCGACAAGGCAACUCAUUGAAGAGAGAAUUGAUUAGCGCCACUUUUGCCGCAUCUCGUCUUGCUUCGGCUCUGCUCAGGCAGCACUGAAAUAGAAGUAAAUGGUUGUAAGAGCUUUGCUGGAUGGGUUUGCCUCAACUGGUAAGAGAGAAGCAUCCAAACACCAUAGAACGCUUUGUCGUUUAUAAUGUGAUGAAUUGGAAUAUUUAUACCACCAUUCCUGAGAGAUGAGUCAUCCUGAAUUGGAUGCUCCCGCCCAAGUUUCUGUUGACUUUCCCCCCCUUUUGAUUCUACAACUCUCUUUCUUUUGUAUAGACUCAGAUUUUCCCCAAAUGUUCUUGUCCGCCUAUCUCAAAAAAUGCUAUAGCACAGUGGUGUAGUUAGGUAAUUUCAGACUGCGGACUUAAUGCAGGGGUUGCCAACAUGGUGGCCAGUGGCACAAUGAUACCCUUGAAGUCUGGCACCAAUGAAGCCUCUAAGUCCCUUUAUCUCAUCCCCUCUUGGCAUUAAGAUGGUGAGGGUGGUUAGUUUUUCUCCCAUGACCUGAAGAAAGUCUCAUGGACCAGACAGAAGGGCUGCAUUUGGCUUUCAGGCCCAAGGCUCCUCUCCCCUGGUUUACCAGGACCACCUUAACACAGCAACCCAUGGAGAGGAGCUCAUACUUAAUUUGCUCCUUCUGUGUCCUUUCAGCACCUUUUACGAGGUUUGGCUUAGCAUGUCAUCUGCACCCAGGAUUGUGGUUAAGGUAUUUCUUCCUUAACCACCAUCUGUAACCAUAGGUAAAACCUUGGCUACAGAAUUGAGCCUCACUGAGCUAAAAAAGCCAGGGAGAAGCAAAGCAGGUGUGAGCGAGCUCAUUCACACAUAGUUUGACUGACCAUGAUGUGCCAACAAGACCAAUGUAUUGGAUGCUUCAUAUCAUCUGCGGGACCCACCUUCUUCUUGGGUUAGAAUUCCACUCCUGGCUUCCCAGAAACAUGUGGGAACUCUUUGAGUUGUGAGAUAUGGGAUGCUGGAGUAGAUGGUCUGAUCCAUCAGGGCUAUUAUGUUCUGAAGGGACAUUAAACAUUUAUUGGGUUGGGCUGUGUUUAUUAUUCUUAGCUUGAAAAGAGUGGG